AAUGUUGAUGGCAAUGAUGAAAAUGUUGUUGUUGAUGAAAGACUCAAAGGAAUUGACCCCAAAAUGAUUGAGCUCAUCAAUAACGAGGUAAGAGUAAGAAAAUUCAAAAUUAAUUUGUUUUUCAUUGAUAUUUAUUUUAUUUUCUCUUGAAGAAUCUGGGUUUUGCUUGUUAUAGCGCCUGGUCUUAUUGGUCUUGCGAACAGAGUUUUAAUUGGGCAGUGACUGGACUGACUUUGAAUUUCAACCAUUCUAGAUAAUGGAUCAUGGUGCACUCAUCACUUGGUCAGAUAUUGCUGGCCUGGAGUUUGCCAAGAAGACCAUCAAAGAAAUUGUUGUGUGGCCGAUGUUGAGACCGUGAGUUUUUUUAAAUAUAAAUAUGGGACUUUUUAGAAUUUUUAGAGGAAGUCCUUUGUUAGACUUCAACUUUAUUAUAAUUAUACUCUAGCAAUCCUGCAAAAGGCUAGAUAAUAGUAAAUAAUAUAACCACAUAAUAUAUACCAGUGAUUCCCAAACCUUAACUGGUGGAGCCCUUUUUAGAGUUGAUUUCUUAGGCCUUCCGGAUAGUGAUCUUACAAGUUAAUUGUGUUUAGGAGUUGCCCUGUGUGGCCAUUGGAGCCCCUGAGUAGAGCACCAGUUGUGAACCACUGCAGUAUACAAUAGAGAGCAAUCUCCUACAUGUUAAAAAUAUUCCUGAACAGAGACAUCUGACUUCAUCCAAAAUUCAAAUAUAAAACAGCUAAACGACUCUGUAAAAAGGGUCUAUGCUAACUAUAAAUAAUUAUAUUUUACUGUCCCUUAGUGUCUUUGACAAUACUGCCUAACUUCAAACAUAAAUUAGUUUCUAGACAACUUCCUUUGAUGCAAACAGUUCAUGUUGAGAUUUGAAAUAGUAUAUGAGAUAAAGUAGCAGAAAGUCUGACAAUUCAUAUUAAUGUUUUCAUAUACCGGUAUUCAUUGUCAAUUUUUGUACAAUGGUUACUAGUAGGAGAGAGAAGCAUUGUAAAAAUAUUUAUAUCUUCAUUACCUGAAAAGUUUGGGUGGCUGGAAUAUCCUGGCCAGAUUACCUUUAGAUUAGAAAAUGUGCCAAAUAACAAGGAACUAGAGUAUUGCCAAAAAACAACUCACAAAGCCAUUAUAUAGUUUAGUUUUAAUUUAGCAACAAAGUAUCAUUUCUAAAUAUUUAAUGAUAUUCUUUCAGAGACAUUUUUGUUGGGCUACGAGGGCCACCCAAGGGGCUUUUGCUCUUUGGCCCACCUGGCACUGGGAAAACUCUUAUAGGUACUUACCCAUUUAUACUUUGACAGGAAUACUGAUUAAAAGAUCUAAAUACAGAUUAAAAGGUCUAUAUCCAAAUCAAAAUGCCAAGAUACAAAUCAAAUGUUUUUUUUGUUGUUUUUUUAAAUUGUUCAUGUGACACACUUCAUUUAAUUUUGUUUGUUGGAGGUGUACAUCCCAUUUUUUAAUCCCGUGCAAAAUUGCCUGCUAUCUUCCGACUUGGUUUGGGUUAUGAAGGUAAAAAUGAUUUGGAUGAUGCUCCAGAGUUUUAAGUGAAUGGCUCCCCAGAAUGGCAGAAAACUCAAUGCUGGGAUUUUGUCUUGGCUCGUUCUAGCUUGACCUGCUCAGCAUUCCUACACUAAUUCUCUUUUCUAUAGAAUUUUUGAAAAACUUGAUGAGUGGCUUGAAAUUAUUCAUUUUGUCUCAGGUAAAUGUAUUGCCAGCCAAUCCAAGUCCACCUUUUUUAGCAUCUCAGCCUCCAGUCUGACCUCCAAGUGGGUGAGUAACUUGUUACAUUCCCUGGCUUUAUCACAACCGUGUGACAUCAUGGAUGCGUAUAGUCGUGUGACACUAUGGAUGCGGAUAGUGUUUUGACUAAUCAACUUCCCCAUUAUAAGUUUUUAGUACAAUCUGGAAACUUUGUUCCAUGCUCCCUAAACUGGAUUUGUGUAGUCAUAAACUAAAAUUCUGUUUUAUAUCAAACAGGUGGGAGAAGGUGAAAAAAUGGUCCGGGCAUUGUUUGCAGUGGCACGCUGUCACCAGCCAGCCGUUGUCUUCAUUGAUGAGAUCGAUUCCCUGCUGUCACAAAGGUCAGAUUCGGAACACGAGUCGUCCAGGAGGAUCAAAACAGAAUUUUUAGUUCAACUGGUGUGUGGAAUUAUUCUUCUUCUUGCACAUUGUAAACUAUAACCAUGAGAUCAAAAUUUUACACUUGAAAUAGGGGAGACUUGCUUCAAUGCCUUAAGAGUGACUAGAACCGAUGUUCUCUUUAAAUCAGGAUACACUAUCAAUCCUGUAUUACUCUUGUUCUGAUGUAAUUUUUUCUAUUCUCAAAACUAUUAUUAUAUUCUGUAUUUUUUUUUUUUUUUCACGUUGAACUGUAGAGGAUUUUAUUAUUACUUUGAAUAAGUAAAUUUCGCAGUUCUUUGUUUUUCAUUUUCCUUUUUAAAAAAAAAUUAUCUUUAGUAAUUUUUAUAACAAAUUAAACAUAAUAGGAAAGAACUUCAUGUCUUCAAAGGGACCAGAGCUUUUGUUUUCUUAUUACAUUGAAGUGUAUUCUCAAAGUUUUUUUUUAUAAACAAAAAGGAUGGUGCAUCGACACAGUCUGAAGAUCGUCUGCUUGUGAUUGGAGCCACAAACCGGCCACAUGAGAUUGAUGAAGCGGCCAGAAGAAGGUUUGUCAAGCGUUUGCUCAUUCCACUUCCUGAACCAGUUGCCCGGCGGCAGAUUGUGACCAACCUGAUGGCCCAGCAGAAGAACAGCUUAAGUGAAACAGACAUUGAGGCUAUCGUCAAACAAACUGAUGGUGGGUCACUGAUAAAUAUGACCUUUUUUAAAAAUGUUUCUAACAUUGUUUCAAUCCUGUAAUCAGUGCUCCCUUUACUUAAUGUCAGUGUGGAAGAAAUUGUCUUUUGUUUUUUUUACCAGUAUAUAAAAGUUUUUACACCUUGAAAACUUUGAUUUUUUUUGUAGAAAGAGAUCUGCAUAAUUUAAAUGAAGGGCACUUAUCAUAGAACUGGAGAUUAGAUGCCAAAAAGAACCCAUUAACUCUACAGUUGCAGUAUGCAUUUUCAAAUGUAUCUUUUUUAGCACAUGUAUGCAUAUCUUAAAUGGAACGCAGACUUCAUAUAUUUUUAAGAUAGAAAUAAUUCAUUGCAAGUGUCGGAUCAGAACACACUUUUCUAUUCAUAAGAAUAAAAUAUUUUUUAAAAGCCUGUGAUUUUAUAUAAAAAGUCCCCCCCCCCUCCCUUUCCUCUCUUUCAUGUUGUAUAGGUUACUCAGGAGCAGACAUGACCAAUCUGUGCAGAGAAGCAGCUUUAGGACCAAUCAGGAGCAUUCCUUUUGAAGAAAUGGAGAUCAUAACUCCUGAUCAGGUGAGAGUCAAAAUGGGGAGAGACUUGUUCACUUCCAAAGUAGUUUCAUUUAAUAGAUAUAUAAUAUAUAAAGGUCAAUGGGAUUAUUGUUUGUCAAGUCAGUUUCUUUUAUUGUAACAAGUGUGUGUCUUCAUUCUUUUUAUUAUAAGCUAAAAUAUAUUUUGUUCUCUGGAUAGAUUACCAAGUUUUGCUGCUGCUUAUUCAGGUCAAGAAAUCAUUAUAAGAUGUAAUCAUGUAUACACAUUUAGUCCAAUAGUUUCUUAUAUGCUCAUACAGGUACGACCAAUCAUGUAUGAGGAUUUUGAAGCCGCCCUGUGUCAGGUGCGUGCGAGUGUGUCCAGCAAGGACCUCCAGCUGUACACUGAGUGGAACAAGACCUAUGGAAGUUUUGGACAUUGAUCAAGGGAAUAGCUGGAUCAAUAAUCAUGUUACUUGAUUACCAUUUGUUGCUUCAGCAUUUAGCUGUUGAUUUUCUGCCACAGCCGCAGUGCCUUACAACCAACGGUUUCAUGUGCCACAGCUCUAAGUUUAACACAAUACCUUAUCCACAGUCGGACGUAUAACUCGCCAUCAAAUGUCAUUUAAACAGAUGUGAAGGCUAAGCUUUGUUCACAGAUAUAAGUCCCCAAAUCCCUAAUGUUAUGUGUAUGCCAGGCUGGCUGUUGUCUCU